GGGGCGGUAGCGCCGAAGUACGAGACGGCGUACGCGUGCGAAGGCAAAACACUGAUGAUCGAGUGCGAGAACGGGGACCUUAUUAACCUGAUCCGCGCGAACUACGGGCGGUUCUCGAUCACGAUCUGCAACGACCACGGGAACGUGGACUGGAGCGUCAACUGUAUGUCGCCCAAGAGCCUCCGGGUGCUGCACGCCAAGUGUGCGCAGCGCCAGAACUGCUCGGUCCUUGCGUCGACCGCCACGUUCGGCGAUCCGUGCCCCGGGACGCACAAGUACCUGGAGGCGCACUACCAGUGCGUGUCGGCGGCGGCCGCCUCAACCACCACCAACCGGCCGAGCCCACCGUGGCUCAAGACGUCGCAGCCGAUCGUCUGGAGCACCUCGACCGUCCGCAGCCCGGUUCUGAACCGGAUCAACCUGACGGCGGCCGCCGUCACGGUAGCCGGCGUCGCUACUAGCGGCGGCGCCGUUACGGCCCGCCCCGCCAGCGUCGGUGGCAAGAUGCCGGGGGUGCUGCUGCAACCCGCACCGGCACCACCAUCCGCGACCACCACGUUCCGCAGCAAGGCAUCGGCGGAAGCGAAGAACGAGGAGGACGACGGGGCGGACCUGUUCCCCACGCAGACGGCCGUCUUGUCGGGGGUUUCCCCAGGAUCCCGGCGGAAACCGGAGACUGUCGCCCCGCCCGAUGGCCCGUCGCUGACGACGACAAACGUCGUGUCCGUGGGCUCCGGUAAUCCGCCGAAUCCGGUCAUCGAUGUGAGCCACGCGUGUGGCCCGAGCACCGCCCGGAACCUGUUCUGGAACGUGACGCGCGUCGGCGAGGUCAACGUUCAGCCGUGCCCGGGCGGCGCCACCGGGAUCGCCAAGUGGCGCUGCGUUGCGCUCGGUUCGCUCACCGCCGAGCAGCGCGUCCACCUGCAGCAGGAACACCACCAGCAGCAGCAGCAGCAGCAGGGUGGUGAGGGGCCGCCCGCGGCCCCCGACGGCCCACUGGCGCUGGCCGAUGGCAACAAAGGUGAUAUUAGUUUUAGUGGUGGCCCCGGCGGCGAUGAAUCGGCGACGACGAGGGACAUUGAAGAGCUGGCGACCUGGUACGCGUACCAGCCGGACCUGACGCAGUGCCGCAGUCUGUGGCUGAACAAUCUGGAGGUGCGCGUCCAGCAGCCGGAAUCGUCGCUCAUCUCGAUCGCGAACGAUCUGGCGCAGGUGACGAGCAGCAAGACACUGUACGGCGGCGAUAUGCUCGUUGCGACCAAAAUCGUGCAGACGAUGGCGCAGCGGAUGCACCACGACAUCGAGACGAUCCCGGACCAGCGGCAGCGGGAGGCGCUCGUGUUCGAGCUGCUCAACAGUGUGGUGAAGACGGGCAGCAAUCUGCUCGAUCGCUCGCAGCACGCCAGCUGGCUCGAUCUGAGCGUGGAGGAUCAGAUGCGGGUCGCGACCUCGCUGCUGACCGGGCUCGAGGACAGUGCGUUCCUGCUGGCCGACACGAUCCUGCGUGAGAAGCACGUGGUGCAGAAGGUGAAGAACAUCCUCAUCUCGAUCCGGGUGCUCGAGACGCGCAACUUUGCCCGCCCGCAGGAACUCUUUCCGGACUCGGCGACCGAACGGUGGCAGGUGAGCAGCGAUCAGAUCGAGCUCCCGAAGGCGGCCCUCAUCGAGAACAGCGAAGGGGGGUUGGUGCGCAUCGUGUUCGUCGCGUUCGAUCGACUCGAGCAGAUCCUGCGCCCGCAGUUCACCAACAUCCAGCAGCAGCAGCAGGCGGGUCAGGGUGCCCAGCAGCAGCAGAAGGUCAACUCAGCCACCGGAGGUGGUGGUCUCCCGGACCUGGCGGCGUCUGGUUCGUCCGGGGGCGGUCCGUUCGGUGCCACGCGAACCGAUUCGGUAGCCACGACCCUAGCGAGUCAGCAGCAGACUGCGCAGGCGCAUCAGCACUACCAACCGCCCCGGUUGCGGCUCCUGAACAGCAAGGUCAUCUCGGCCAGCCUCGGCAAGGGCCGGCACAUCCAGCUGUCGCAACCGAUCCGGAUGGUGUUGCGGCACCUGCGGACGAAGAACGUGUCGAAUCCGACGUGCGUGUUCUGGAACUACAUCGACCACGCGUGGUCGGAGGACGGAUGCCACGUGGAGCGCACCAACCAGACGCACACGGUUUGCGUGUGUAAUCACCUGACGAACUUUGCGCUGCUCGUGGACGCACUGGACGAGACGCAACUGUCGCUGCUGUCGAUCAUCGACGACGACCUGAAGCUGUUGAUCUACGUCAGCGUCGCCAUUCUGAUCGUGAUCGCCGUCGUGGCCCUGUUCGCCCUCAAGCUCUUCGGCGGUGUCUUUACGAAGCUGCGCCACGGAGGGGCUGGUGGUGGCGCCGGCGGCUUGGGCGGCGAUUCGGACCAUCACCCGGUGGCAUCGGCGGGUGGUGUAGUCGUCCGCGGCAUGAUGGACCGCAGUGGCGUCGGCGACGGAGGGGGGCUAUCGAUCUCGGGGCCCGGCACGGCCCGGCUACACCACCACCAUCAUCACCUUCACCACCAUCACAACAACAACACCGGUGGCGGCGGUGGCGAUCUGCAUCACCCGAGUCACCAUCACCUACUGCACCACCAUCAUCUGACAGCGGCGGCAGGGGGAGGUGGGCAGCCGCCCCCGGGUGGGACGACCAUCGGACAUCACCAUCUACUGGCGGACGACUUCCAACAGCAGGCGGCGGCCGGGGUGGGUCCGACGUUGGGUGUCAACAACCUGCAUAAUCACCACGCGAACAAUCUGGUCGCCAGCAACAACAACAACAACCAUCACCUGGUGACGACGACCUUCAACAACCUGAAUGGGGGUCGGGCGGGCGGCGGAAGUAGCUGCUCCCCGUCACCGCCCGGCAUUGGCGGCUACGAGCACCAUCAGCAGCAGCAGCACCCGCCGCAGCAGCAGCAUCUGGUGUCGCGGCUCAACAACAAUCAGCAGCACCGGCAGCAACAGCAACAGCACCACCAGCAGCAGCAACAACCUGCAUCACCAGCAGCAGCAGCCGGCACCGGCUCACCAUCAUCCCUUCAGCAGCAGCAGUACCACCACCACCACCAACCGGAAGCUGCCGCAACCGCCGCUGGUGCCAUCCUCCUACAAGGUCUCGGCGGCGUCGGCAGUGGCGGCCCACCACCAGCAUCAUCUCUAAUCGCGUCCACCUCGCUGAUUACGCUCGCCGGCGGCGGCGACGGAGCACACCACCAUCGUAGUGUGGACAACGGUAGCAGCAGUAGCGACCGCAGCAGCAGCAGCGAACUCGGCGGUGCACUGGACACGGCGGCAGCAUCGGUUGGGUCGGGUGGUCACCACCAUCACCUUCACCAGGGGAGCAUCGGCAGUAGUGCCUCGACGUCGGCGACGGCGGCGGCAGCCGCGGCCAACGCAUGCGGUACGAUCACUUCCUCCGCGUCGUCGACCGCCAGUGCCAGUGCGCCGUUACUGCACCACCACCAACACCUUCUGUACCACCACCAUCUGCAUCACCCAUCGACGGGGCCGGGUGCCGAUGGCCGAUCGGCCAUUCCCGUGCCGAGCAAGCGGAACAUUUAG